UCUUCUUCACCUUCACACAAACGUUUCUAGCUUUCGUUUUCUUCUCCGAUUACACUGAAGAUCUUCUCAUCUCAUGGAGUCUCCCGCUGAGAACAGUAGCCGACCUAGUAGAGAAAAAAACCAUCUUUUAAAACCUUGUCUAACCUCCAUUGAUGGAUCUGAAGCUCGUCGGAAACGUUCAGCUCCUUCUCCUGACUUAAAGACUCUACCUUUCAGUGUUUCCUUCAAUGGGUGGAGAUUUGCAAGCACUAAGUUUAAGUUUUGGGCUAGAAAAAUGGCAGCUUUGCACGAACCCAUCUGGAGAAAAGCUGGGAUCUUUGAAGCAGUUGUAGCAUCCACAUACAAAAUCUUCAGAAACACAGAUCUCGUUCUGGGUAUUGCUGAGAAAUGGUGUCCUGACACUAAGACCUUCGUGUUCCCUUGGGGUGAAACAACCAUAACCCUUGAAGACGUUAUGUUGCUUUCAGGUUUCUCUGUUUUGGGUUCCCCGGUUUUUGCUACUCUGGAUAGCUCAGGGGAGGAGAUUAUGAAGAAGCUAAAAAAAGAAUGGAUGGAGAUUAAACAAAAAGGUAAAGUCGGUUUCGUAACACAAGUGACAUGGAUGGAGAGAUUCAUGAACACUGAAGAUGAGCUUGAGCAUGUGGCUUUUCUUGUGUUGUGGCUUAGCUACUUUGUGUUUCCAUUAUGCUUCCACCGUGUCUAUGAGGUUAUUUUUCCAAUUGCUAUUCAUCUUUCAAGUGGUACUAGGAUUGCUCUUGCUCCUGCUGUUCUUGCUCAUUUGUAUGCAGAGCUAGGUCUCUUGAAAACUCACAUCAGAGCUUUUGGCAAAUCGCAUAUUAGGGUCGAAAUUGAUUUGAGUGCCUUGUUUAAGUUGGUUCAAGUUUGGACAUGGGAGAGAUUCAGGGAACUACAGCCAGAACCUAAUCCCUUGCUAGCAGGUGAGCCAAGAUUGGCUCUUUGGAGUGACCUGAAACAAGAAACCACUGAUGCGAGACAGAUCCUGGACAACUCGGAAAUGGACAGUUUUAAGUGGCGUCCCUACACAAAAACUGUUGGAAACUGGAAAUUUCCUCAGUUUUACCCGGAGAAAGCUCUGUCGGUUCCUGUUUGCCCGAGUCUUGAUGAUGAAUUCAUCUCCUUUGCUCGAUUCAUCAAGGCAUCUAAGCUUGUUGGAAUUGACAAUGUGGAGCAUUACUUCCCCAAUCGAGUUGCUUCACAGUUUGGAAUGCUUCAGGAUGUUCCGUCUCCUGUUAACCGGAACAACCUCACGCGGGAGGCAGCUUGGAAUGAUUAUAUUAAGCCUAUCGAUGAUUUGACAUUACACAUUCCUUCUCGUUCUGCAAUACCUUGUGUUACUCUAGCAUUCGGCGAGUGGUGGAAGAAGUCGUUUCCUGAACUCAAGUAUCUUCCGGGAGAGAAUCUGGUUGCUGAAUCAGACGAAACUUUGAGAGAAAGAACCAUCACAGGUGUGGAUAAUAGUUUUGUUCCUUCCGGAUCUAAGAUGAACGCAACAAGUGAGGAUAAUAUGAAGACAGCUGAGGGUUUAAUAAACAAGAUACGUAAGUACAUAAAGCAAGCUCGUGGAAACGGUAGCAAUGAAUCAGCUACCACACUGAUGUCAAGAACCAUCAAAAGUGAAGAUGAUACUAGUUUUGAUUCUUUCGGGCUCUUAAAUGAACAGAACAAGCAAGGAUGGAAUGCAAAUAGCUGACGAUGUAAAGAGGAGACACAAGAACAUGAAGCUAGCUUUAUAUCUUUUGAGGACUUGUUGGCCUAAAGUGUUUCACUUUGAUUUGAACCUAGUUAUGAGCUUAUUGGUGUGU